AUGUCCCUCAACCCAUUAAUCCAAUCCCUCCCACCAAUGUCCCCCCUCCAAUCUAGUCUGCCCACUUCCCUUCUCCUCACCUGCGCCGCGACCGCUGUUUCCCUUCCUCUUCUUGUCCAAACCCUCCUCACCCACCUCUCAGCCUACAAUACCGCACCUCAAGACUUAACCACCUAUCUCUCUGUGCUCGAAUCCAGUGUUCAAGAAAACGCCUCUUACGAUCAUGAUAUCAGCAGAAUCUCCAAGCUCGAAGAUAAACUUCGAUUAGCGGGCAUGGUACGCGAAAUCCAAAGAUGCGGCGAUGAUUUAAGAGAGCUUUUGAAUAAGAUGGUUAGUAAAGAAGAUCACAAGAGGUUAAAACUCGGAUCUCGGAUAUUAUGGGGAACGACCCGUCGGGAUCUCGAAGAGCGAGUGCGUAAAUUGGAUCUAUUGCGCAUGCGUUUCCUCGUCGUGUAUCUGGGAAUGGUGGCUGCGAAAACGGAAGUCGUAUUGAAGGAGAAAGAAAAGGAAAAAGAGAGAGAAAAGGAAGAUGCGGAUAAAACCUUCGGCUCUCCUAUUCGGAGUAGGACGCUUCCGAGUAAUUUGAGCGAGAAUCUCAAACGUACACCGCCGCUAAGGAGAAUCACGAGCAAUGCUAUUGGACAUAAUGAGGGUACCGGAAGUCCACAGAGGAGUGGAUGGUUGGGAGUUGUGAGUGAGUUACAGAGUAGUCCAUUGAUGCACAAGAGGAGGGCAUCAGUGGAACAAAGUUCUUCGAUUGGAAGUCCGAGAAGUGAAAAGUUUGCUCAUUUCCCUUAA